AUGCUCUCUAGCCUAGCGCCCUACAUGGCAAACCCUCGCCAGACCCUCACACAAGUACUCAACUUUGCCCUCGUUCUCUCUACCGCCUUCAUGCUCUGGAAGGGCCUAUCAGUCAUCACAAACUCCACCUCACCAAUCGUCGUGGUGCUGUCAGGUAGUAUGGAGCCAGCAUUUCAACGCGGAGAUCUGUUGUUUCUGUGGAAUAGGAGUCCGCGCGUCGAUGUAGGAGAGAUCGUGGUGUAUAAUGUGCGCGGGAAGGACAUUCCGAUUGUGCACCGGGUUAUGAGGUCGUUUCCAGAGUUGCCUGGUAGGGAAGACAAGAAGAACGUGAAGAAGGGAGGGGAGGAAGGUGAAGAGACCUCCUCCACCCCUUCGCAAAAACUGCUCACAAAAGGUGAUAACAACAUGGCGGAUGAUACAGAAUUGUACGCUCAGGGCCAGGAGUAUCUGGAUCGAAAAGAGGAUAUCGUCGGAAGCGUCAGAGGUUAUGUACCAACCGUUGGAUACGUGACGAUCCUUCUCUCGGAACAUCCCUGGCUAAGGAGUGUUCUUUUGGGAUUUAUGGGUUUGAUGGUAGUAUUACAGCGUGAAUAG